AGUAUAGACCAGCAGGGUCAUUUGACAUAGUUCUAUUCUCAGGUUUUGAGUGACCGUGCCCAUUAUUUUUCGGAAAUUCUUCGCGAUAUCGGUAACCUCAGGCGGCUUGAACAGCAGUCACUAAGACGGUUAAGAACAGAGCUUGAAGUUUCAGUGGAAUUGGCUUUGAAAUAGACAGCGCAAUCUGUCGUUGAUAGUGGAAAAUAAGCUGGUCGAGUGGCGUCGUUCGAAUGGCCGGGAGCUAGUUGUCAUUGACAACAACUUCCGACUUGACACUCAAGAAGUUAUCUGAAUUCUACCGAAAAGAGAUUUUUGUCCAAAUGACUUUUCUUCUUUUUUUAUUUUUAGUUGAAAUUCAACAAUUAUUACUUAGAAGCUAAAACUUGAGGUGUCGAAUUUAGAUUGGUUUUGUCAAGUUGAGUCAUUUCGUAGGCUUGAGAAGAAUAGUAAUUACUCGAAAUGGAGGAGAAUGGUGGACCGUAUUACUCCAGUGAAUCAAGUCAGGUGCCAGGUCGACGCACGCCGCUUGGUGCAAUGGGUUUAGGCAGUUACUACUAUCCAAGUGGCUCUGGUGGGCUCACAGACGAAAAUAGUCCAGAGUCACCUAAUGCUCACCAUUUAAGGUUACAAUCACAACAAUUCACCAGCAGCCUCAGAGGUAGCUCCGGAAAAUCAAAAUCCCGGCAAGGAAAGUCAGUUCGAUUGAAUAUAAAUGCUCGAGAAAGGAGACGAAUGCACGAUUUAAACGACGCUCUAGAUGAACUGCGAAGUGUGAUACCGUACGCUCAUUCACCAUCAGUGAGGAAACUGUCAAAAAUUGCAACCCUCUUGUUAGCUAAGAAUUAUAUUCUCAUGCAAGCUAAUGCACUGGAUGAACUUCGAAGACUUAUCACUUACAUUCAGGCCCAGGGCACAAUGACAAUGCCUCCUGGAUUCGAUUUGCAUGCAGCAAUGCACCCUGGAAAACCAUUAACAUCACCGCCACCGUCCGCAGAACAAAAUUUCUCACAAGAAGUAUAAUUCCAACAAAUAAUAAUUUGGGAGGACUGUGAUGAAGGGAUGAGAGUGGCUGAAGAGAUUGUGUAUUUUGAAAGUCCAAAA